GCAUGCAGUGACGGGACUGACAGCCGCUUUCCCUUGCUCUGCCAACACGAUUGCGAGUCGAACCACCGCAUAAUGGCCGAGAGGGAGAAAUGGUCCAGCAAUAUCGAAUUCAUCUGCUCCUGCAUCGGAUACUCUGUCGGUCUUGGCAACCUCUGGCGAUUUCCGUACGUAGCCUACAAGAAUGGUGGGGCAGCAUUCGUCAUACCCUACAUUACUGUCAACUUACUAAUCGGCCGACCUAUUUACUACCUGGAGCUUCUUCUUGGGCAGUUUUCCAGCCAUGGUCCUCUGGGUGCUUUUAGAGUGUGCCCUAUGUUCCAAGGAAACGCAUUCGGGAUGAUGUGGGGUGCCUUCGUGACCACCAUCUACUACCAGAUGAUCAUCACUUAUUGCGUUCUCUACCUGUACCAUUCGUUCAAGACCCCUCUACCUUGGACUCAGUGCUUCGAAUGGUGGGACGUGCCAUUGGCCGGCUGCUACGUUCGUACUCAGAGCAGUCACUUGUGCGAAAGUGUACGUAAGACUAUAGUGGCGUCAGGGGUAAACGACACGGCCGCCGCUGAGGUGAUUGAUGUUACCUUCGAAAACAAGACUGUCUCAGUCUCGUUUGAGGAGUACAACUCACUUUUCGCUGGUUGCAUUGAUGGAAACUCGUCGUCUACAGAAUUUUUCUUCAAUCGGUACGUGCUGAAUAUGAGUUCCAGUUUCGAACACGUGGGACAGAUCCAACCCAGUUUGCUCCUCUGUUAUGCGACAUGCUGGACAAUCAUUUUCCUCUUGAUCUUUCAGGGGAUCCAGGUAGUGGGAAAGGUGGUUCUCAUCACAGCCACAGCUCCUUACGUCAUCCUCACUGUGAUGCUCAUUCGAGGUAUAACACUGCAAGGUUCCGACAUCGGGCUUCGUUACCUCUUGCUCCCGAAAUGGGAGUCUCUCUUGGACCCCUCUGUGUGGAGAGCCGCUACAGAACAAUGCUUUUACUCAUUAAGCAUCGGCACAGGCGGACUGCUCGUGUACGGCGGAUUUCAAGAGUUUCACGGAGACAUGCGGAAGAGUGUCUACUUCAUAUGCUUCGUUGACUUCUUCACGAGUGCCUUCUCUUCAAUUGUUGUCUUCUCCAUCUUGGGUAAUAUGUCGUACAACUUACACGUUCCUAUAGAAGACGUUGUGAGUAAAGGUCCUGGCUUGGCCUUUGUUACAUAUCCUGAGGCGCUGUCCCUCAUCCCAUUUUCAAACCUCUGGGCGGUGCUCUUCUUCUCGAUGCUCUUCUUCCUAGGAGUCGACUCCCAGAUGGCCAACUGUGAAUUCCUGACCACGUCCAUAAUGAGUCUUUUCCCUGCUUUGUCUCGUAGCCGAACAUUCGUUGUCUUUGGAUAUUCCUUAUUCUGUUUCAGCCUGGGCCUCUCCUUGACAACCCAGGCCGGCAUGUACGUCCUAACAAUCCUCGACAACUAUCUGGGAGCGCUGAUUGUGCUGUUCACGUGCUUGGCAGAGACGCUCAUUGUAGGGUGGGUGUAUGGCAUCAACCGGUUCUGCUUCGACAUCACGUUCAUGUCUGGACACUCCCCUGGUUACUUCUUCCUCGUAGCGAUCAAGUACAUGUCUCCCGUGUCGUUGAUUGCCUUCCUGAUUUAUACGCUCUAUACCUUCCCCAGAAGUAACGUCGGUGCUUACAUCCUGCCUCUCUGGUCAGAUAUUUUCGGAUGGUGUCUCGCCUUGGUAGGUCUUGCCCCGCUGCCAAUUAUAGCGCUUGCCAGGUGGUAUAACUGCAACUUCAGCUGGAAGAAGGCAAUUGCUCCAGAGAGGGACUGGGGCCCGUACGACCCACGUGAGCGCAGCCACUACAGGGAAAGGUUGUACGAUCUGGGCUACUCUUUACCCGAGGUGAAAUAUGCCGAUUGACUAAAUUCUGGUCUGUAAAUCGAGGGUUCUGGAGAAAUGGAUGCAUCGAGGAUUGCCUUAAACGGAUUUAGGUUGCCAUUAAAGAGAGUUUUCAUAACGUGAGGUAAUCGUAAUUUUGUCAUAAAAAAUGACAAUAAAGCACUUCUCCAGAG